AGGGGCCCUGAUUUCCGGGCGGCGGAAGGAGACGCCGCCGCGUGAAGACGAGGAGAUUUUAAAACACGCUCCGGGACCGAAAGCCUGAGGCUGGUGGCGCACGCCGUCGCCCCGUGGGCUCCUCCUCGGACGCUCUCUCCACCUGCCUCCGUGUCCCGGUCCCGACCGGGCCCUCAGCACUCAAGAAUGACCAAAAAAAGAAAACGCCAAGAUGAUUUUCAAAAAGUAAAACUAAAAGUUGGUAAAAAGAAGCCCAGGUUAGAAAAUGCCACUGUUACAAACUUUAAAACGAAGACUAUACAUUUGCCUGACCAACUCAAAGAGGAUGGAACACUUCCAACAAACAACAGAAAACUUAACAUUAAGGAUUUGUUGUCACAGAUGCAUCACUACAAUGCUGGGGUUAAACAAAGUGCUCUUCUUGGACUUAAAGACCUUUUGUCUCAAUACCCAUUUAUAAUUGAUGCACACCUUUCAAACAUAUUAAGUGAAGUGACUGCUGUGUUUACAGAUAAAGAUGCUAAUGUACGAUUAGCAGCAGUUCAACUUCUUCAAUUCCUGGCCCCCAAAAUACGAGCUGAACAAAUUUCUCCAUUUUUUCCUUUGGCCUUGGCAGAUGGAUCCAGUAGGGUGAGAGAAAGUGAAGGACUUCAGGAACAAAAAGAAAAUCCCCAUGCCACUAGCAACUCCAUUUUUAUCAACUGGAAGGAACAUGCCAACGACCAGCAACACAUCCAGGUUUAUGAAAAUGGGGGUUCACAGCCAAAUGUCAGUUCACAGUUCAGGCUACGGUACCUGGUUGGAGGACUAGGCAGUGUGGAUGAAGGCCUGUCAUCUACUGAAAACCUGAAAGGAUUUAUUGAGAUAAUAAUUCCAUUGCUAAUUGAGUGCUGGAUUGAAGCUGUGCCUCCACAACUAGCUGCUUCUGUUGGAAAUGGUAUAGAACGAGAACCUCUGCAGGUUAUGCAGCAAGUUCUUAACAUUAUUUCCCUUCUGUGGAAACUCUCUAAACAGCAUGAUGAGACCCAUAAAUUGGAGUCAUGGCUUCGAAAGAAUUAUCUUACUGAUUUCAAACGCCAUUUCAUGAGUAAUUUUCCAUAUGCCUUAAAAGAAAUAACCAAGCACAGAAGGAAAGAGACAAACAAAAGCAUCAAGCAUUGCACGAUUCUCUCCAAUAAUGUAGAUCAUCUCUUACUGAAUUUAACACUGUCUGAUAUCAUGGUCUCCCUGGCAAAUGCCUCAACUUUGCAGAAGGAUUCCAAUUGGAUAGAAAUGAUAAGGAAAUUUGUAACAGAGACCCUUGAAGAUGGCUUUAGGCUAAAUAGUAAGCAGCUGAACAGAUUGCUUGGGGUCUCGUGGAGGUUAAUGCAGAUACAACCAAACAGAGAGGCUAUGGAGUCUCUCAUUAAGGCAGUUUAUACAUUGUAUCAGCAGAGAGGCCUUCUCCUUCCAGUUCGGACUCUGUUACUGAAGUUUUUCAGUAAAAUCUAUCAAAAAGAAGAACUGAGAUCUUACAGAAUCAGGUAUCGUAGUAAAGUGUUAUCCCGUUGGUUGGCUGGUUUACCAUUGCAACUUGCUCAUCUUGGCUCCCGAAACCCUGAGCUGUCAACACAGCUUAUUGACAUUAUCCAUACUGCUGCAGCACGAGCAAAUAAAGAAUUACUAAAAAGUUUACAAGUUACUGCUCUCCGAAUCUAUGAUCCACAAGAAGGCACUAUGGUGGUUCUCCCAGCAGAGUCUCAACAGCUUUUGGUCCAGCUUGUAUAUUUUCUACCCAGUCUGCCUGCUGAUUUGCUUUCUCGGUUAAGUCGUUGCUGUAUUAUGGGAAGACUCAGUUCAAGUUUGGCUGCCAUGCUUAUCGGGAUACUGCACAUGAGAUCAUCAUUUUCUGGAUGGAAGUCUUCAGUUAAAGACUGGUUGAUGAGUGAUGUGGACUAUUUCAGCUUCUUAUUUUCAACACUUACAGGGUUUUCAAAAGAGGAGCUGACUUGGCUUCAGAGCCUUCGAGGAGUUCCUCAUGUCAUCCAGACGCAGCUUUCCCCUGUGCUGCUUUACCUUACUGACUUGGAUCAAUUUUUACACCAUUGGGACGUAACAGAGACAGUUUGUCACAAUUUAUUGGUUAUCCCUGCCCGAAGCCAAAGCUUUGACAUCCUGCAAAGUGCCAUCAGUAAGCAUUUGGUUGGGUUGACUGUAAUUCCUGACAGCACGGUGGGCUGUGUUUUGGGUGUUAUCUGUAAGCUCCUGGAUCAUACGUGUGUACUUAGUGAGACGCUGCUGCCAUUUCUGGCUUCUUGUUGCUACAGUCUUCUUUAUUUUCUGCUCACUUUAGAGAAAGGAGAAGCAGAACAUCUAAGAAAGAGGGACAAGCUGUGGGGCGUCUGUGUCUCCAUCCUGGCACUCCUGCCUCGAGUGCUCAGGUUGAUGCUGCAGAGCCUGCGGGUGAGCAGAGCUGGACCUGAGGAGCUGCCUGUUGUGGGCCAGCUGCUUCGCCUGCUGCUGCAGCACGCACCCCUCAGGACUCACAUGUUGACCAAUGCCAUCUUGGUGCAGCAGAUCAUCAAGAAUAUCACAACAUUGAAGAGUGGAGGUGUUCAGGAGCAGUGGCUCACAGACUUACAUUAUUGCUUCAAUGUGUACAUCACUGGGCAUCCCCAGGGACCCAGCAUGUUGAGUACAGUGUAUUGAAAAGGCACUGUUUGAAAUUGUUUAUUCACAUCUAAUUUUGAAGAGACUGAUGUAAUAAAUGUUUGUCAGUCAUUAAAGCUGAACUUUUAAAGAAGUUGUUUAUGAACCUUCCUUUGCACUGAAAUAGGAAAAUAAUGCUUGGGAGUUGCCAUUGAUGCACAGGCUGGCUUCCUGGACUAGCAUGUGAUAUGUGGUUACAGGUAUUAUGUAUUUCAUAGCUAAGUAUAUGUGAAAUACAGAGCGAUAAUAUGGUACCUUCUAUUGUAUAGUAAGAAAUAAGCUGUGUCUUUGUGGUCCCAUCUAGGCAAACUUCAUUCUUUUUGUUCUCAGCCCCAGUUCAUUCAGACAGCAACAAACUAAACUAGUUUUUGGUUUGGUUUUGUUUGGGAGUGGUUGCUUCUCACUCUGGAGUUGUGUUGUUUCCCGAGGAUCUCUAGCAAGAUUUCAAAACAGUGCUCCCAUUUGUUGUGGAUUUUCCU